CACCACAAUGCUGUCCACAUUCGAAUACCCACCAUGGCGGGCGCAGUUCGACAGCAUAUAGACGUAGUCUCAUUGGAGCGUUAUAUCAGCUCGAAUGUUCCUGAGAUCGUGGUGCCGAUCGAUGUCAAGCAGUUCGGAUAUGGCCAAUCCAAUCCAACAUACCAAUUGAAGGAUAAGAAUGGUCGAAAAUAUGUCAUGCGAAAGAAGCCUCCGGGGCAGUUACUGUCCAAGACGGCACACAAAGUUGAUAGAGAAUACCGGAUAAUCCAUGCCUUGGAGAACACCGAUGUUCCGGUGCCUAAGGCAUUUUGUCUUUGCCAGGAUAGCAGUGUGAUUGGCACCGACUUCUAUAUCAUGGAGUUCUUGGAUGGAAGGAUAUUUGAGGAUCCCGCUAUACCGGAAGUAUCCCCAGAAGAAAGGACCAAGAUGUGGCAUUCCGCCGUCACUACUCUUGCAAAAUUUCACAGAGUCCUCCCAAAGAGCGUCGGACUCGAGAGCUUCGGCAAGCCUUCUGGCUUCUACAAUAGACAGAUAGCAACGUUCAACACAAUCUCAAAAGCACAAGCACAAGCUGUUGACAAGGAUACAAAGAUACCUAUUGGAAAGAUUCCACAUCAGGACGAUAUGGUUACUUUCUUCAGCGACCCCAAAACACAGCCAACCGACCGAAGCAGUUUUGUGCAUGGUGAUUACAAGAUCGACAAUAUAGUCUUCCACAAGACAGAGCCACGGGUCAUCGGUAUCCUAGACUGGGAGAUGUCAACAAUAGGUCACCCGCUUUCCGACCUCAACAACCUGCUGUCACCCUUCAUAACAGCCUCUUCUCAAAAGGCCCUGGGCAUCGGUCGCGCAAAUAAAGCGUUCCAGCCGGGUGCGACUGAGGGCUUACCGUCAAGGGAUCAGCUUAUAAGCUGGUAUUCAGAGAUAGCAGGCUGGGAUCCCAGACCAGACAUGACGUGGGGAGAUGCUUUCGGGACAUAUAGGGGAGCAGUUAUCAUGCAAGGAAUAGCUGCACGGUAUGCUCUUCGGCAAGCAAGUAGCGCAAAGGCGCAAGACUACGGCUCACAAAUGAAGCCGUUCGCCGAGAUUGCGUGGGACUUCGUGCAAGAGUACAAGAGGAUGCAUGAGAAGCCACGGUUGUAGCCUACAUGCAAUCUAAGUUGUUGAAGCCAGUCACGCUUUUGUAUACUGCAAUCCAUUCGGUAUGUCAACUAAGUGGACAUCGCAGAGUGGGUAUCGGCUUCCUUUCGACCUAUGAAU